UCUACUCUAUCAGCUGCUGCACUUGCUACCAUCCUCUGGACCCUCAUCAUGAAAGGCCUUCUGCUGGUCACCCUGUCGGCUCUGCUCUGCUGGGUCUCAGCUGACAUUCGCUGUCACUCCUGCUACAAAGUCCCUGUGCUGGGCUGUGUGGACCGGCAGUCCUGCCGCCUGGAACCAGGACAACAGUGCCUGACAACAAAUGUGUACCUCGGUAAGAUGUGGGUUUUCUCCAACCUUCGAUGUGGCACACCGGGAGAGCCUUGUCAGGAGGCCUUCAACCAAACCAACCACAAGCUGGGCCUGACCUAUAACACCACCUGCUGCAGCAAGGACAGCUGCAAUAGCCCAGCCCCUCGGCCCACCCCAGCGCUGACCCCUGUGCUCCUCGCCUCUGUGGCUGGCCUUGGCCUCUGGCUGCUGCACUGAGACUCACUCCGUCGCUGCCCCUCCUCCCACCUGCCUUAGGCUGCGUUUGGCCCUGUGUCUCCUUGUCCCUCGGCUCCUUACACUGGUCUCUCCUUAACUCCCUUCACUCAGAAAAGCUUUUCUCCAGGCUCUUCACAUUUUUUUAAUUAGACAGUGGUCUCCCCACCCAUCCUUCCACCUUACAUCCUCCACUCGGCUUUUCCCGAGUCCCUUCCCAUACCCCUCUAGACCAUCCCAGACCCUCCACUGGUCCCCAGAAGAGCCCUGCGCUUCGCAUCCUGCACUCUACCGUGCCCGACUCGGGAGGGAUGGGGAUCUGGGCCUGAGAUGGGGCUUCUGUCCUGUCCCCUGUGAAGGCUCCCAGGAAGGACCUGAUGACCUCACUGUAUGGGGCUGAUUCCCCAAACCCUGGCCCCCAUACAUACCUCAUCCCCAUGCUCACAUCUUUGCAUUUUGAGUAAUAAAUGUCUGUGU